AGACCAUGUCCCGGCUCCUGCUCCUCGCCCUACUGUCAAGAGUAGCUGCCGAGGUUUCCACACCAUCCAGCCUGCUUGGACCCAGGCAUUACAAUUAUCACCCUUAUGAACAGUACCUUAAGGAAGUCAAACCCACCAAACAAGGCCCAGUAGUGUUCCCCAAUGACGCCCCCCCUCCCCCGCGACCACCACUAAUCGUGACGUCACGGCCACUCACCGAGUCCAUAGCUAGAAGCGAGUUGAACAACUCCGUAGCUGAGCAGAGCCGCGUGCACUACCAAUAUGAUUACGAGCAAGAGCAACCUACUCUGCCGCCAAUCUACAGGGCGAUAUCAGACCACGCCAACCAGAAUCUACGGCAGUUACAGAAAACACCUUCUCAUAGUAAUUACAAGUUUCAGAUCAAGGAGCCGGACUACUCGAAACAGUAUGAAAGCAAUAACGUGAACGAUGAUGACAACAACGAUUAUAAUCAAGCUCAGAACUACGCGUUCUCCUACAUCGUACGAGAUCAGAAAACCGGCGAUGACUUCUCCCAUUCACAACACAGCAGCGGCUCAGCCACCAACGGGGAGUACCGGGUUCGACUCCCCGACGGGCGCAUGCAAAUCGUAUCAUACACGGCUGAUGAGAACGGAUACAAUGCUGAUGUGAGAUACGACGAUGAAAAAAGUGGAAACAUAGAUUAUAGAAAUUAUAACAGCAAUCAUAAACCCAAUCAUGAUUAUGUCAGCAGUCAGAAACCUACUGGAAACAGUGAUUAUAUAAAUUAUAACAGCAAUCAUAAUUCCAAUCAUGAUUUUGUCAGCAAUCAGAAACCUACUGGAAGCAUUGAUUAUAUAAAUUAUAACAAUCAUGAGCAAAAACAUAAUUAUGCAAGCAAUCAGAAACAUUAUGAUAGUAAAAAUGAUUUUGAUAGGAAUUAUAUUGAUAAUUACAUUAACAAUGUAGAUUAUAACGCGCAUUAUGAUGUUAAUAAUGUUAAAAGAGUUAAUGAUAUAGAUAAUAAUUAUCAUGUAGAUACAAAACCAGUGACAGAAAAUCAUGCAUCUAAAGAGGAUUAUCAAUAUAAUGAUCAACAUUCUAAAGAGUAUUAUGGUGAAUAG